AUGGUGCAAUUCACGAAUACUCCUAUGAAAAUAAUCUAUGGAACAUGUGCUUUUUUAUCGUUACUGGCACUUUUGUUAGUUAUAAUUGGGGUUGCAACCCCAAAUUGGAUAGUAAGUACAUUUAAUAUAACUCCAACUGAUAAUACAACUUCGUUUGGUGCAUAUCUUGGCUUUUUUAAAUUUUGUUACGAUGGCCCUUCUGGUGCUUGUAUCAGUCUAUCAACUCCCAUUUCAACUCCUGCUGGUUUACUGAUAUUUGGGAUUAUCUUAUUAGGAUUCAGUAUUAUCGUCUGUCUUGUUGUAGGAGUGAUCAAAUUUUCAUCAACUGGAGUUACAUUCGUGCCUCUUAUUAUACUCUUUCUUGCUUCAAUUUUCAUCAUCGGUGGUUAUGCGAUCUCCUGGUAUUAUCUCUAUUCGAGUGUACAAACCACACUGGCAACAACCAUAGUUCAGUACAAUAUAAAUAUUGCACCAAGUCAAUUAUUAUCGCUGAUACAAGGUGCUCAGGCUGGAUAUUCAUAUAACUUGGCGGUCGCAGGACAUUUUUUUACUUAUGUGGCACUGGCUAUUGCGGCAUAUGGAACGGGAUUUGCAAGAAAUGCAACAGAUCUAUAA